CUUACCCUUGUUGACUUCACCCUAGCUACUUCACCGCGCCUUCUUGAGAGUGCAGCUGCCUCGUGGUAUGCCGCCUACAGACCCCUCGGGAUCCUCAAAACUCGAAGACCAACGUCGCAAUGCACGAACUGCCUUGGAACCGCUCAUAUUAGACCCAAGCCCAAGUUCAUCGUCGUCAUCGUCAGGAACAAGUAGAGUUGCUCUCCUCCAAAAGGUUUUAACGGCUCCUUUUAGUCAUAGAAAGAGGGACUCCACAAGGAUUCUAUCUGAAUUGGCACCUGUUAUCAUGACACCAAAAAUGAUGAAUUCUACCGCAACUGUGUCAUCGCGAAAUCCACGACCAACCGUAACCGGAGGAUCCAUGAACCGUCCUAGGAUGGACCAUUUCGCAACACUAGGAAGGGCACCUCUCAGGCUCAGUAUCGGAAGUCGUCGAAUUACUUCACGCGACCUCGAAAUCGUAGAAGCCACGGAACAGCUUCUGAAUGUCGAAGUGCCGGAACCGGAAGGAGUUGCUUCCGAUGUCAGCUUAUUGAGAGGGUUCAAUGCUACAGUGCCGAGUGCGGAACAAAGUCGUACCAGGAGAAGGCAGAUGAGAAGCGUGAAUGCGCCACAUAUCGGACUAAGAAAGUUGGGGAUGAACGCGAGAGGGAUGUUGUCUGAAGAAGAGGAUCAUGAAGGUCGAAGUGCUACCAGCGACGACGAUGUCGUGUUCGUUCCGCGUGCCGAUAUCGGAACUAUAAAGAAAGGAAAAACUCGGGGUCGAGAGAGUUUGGGUGCUACAAAAAUGCUGGGGAAGGAUGAGUUAUUGCGUCAGAGGAAAGAGAUACAAAGAGACAAGGAGAAUCUUCAUGUGAAGAAAAGUCUUAUUAACAGUGAAAUUACAGAGAUAACGCAUAAAAUAGAGGCCUUAGAUGAAAUUCGUGCUAACCUCGAACGCGACCUUCUAAGAUUUCAGGAAGAGGAAUUGGAAUUGGAUGCGGAGUUGGAAGGUGUCAAGGAACGUUUGGAAUUUGAGCAGUCUGCAACGAACCGCUCCUCAAAAGCACCGGGACACGACUUACAGCUUCCACUUAGCUCUAGGCAUCGAAAAGGUCCUUCGUUUUUACCUUCGGAACACGACCAACUUCCACCCGGAGUUGCUUUCAUGACAUUAGAGAGCCAUAAAACCCCAAUAACUGCCUUAGACUUCUCGGAGCCCUAUGGUACGCUGGUCAGUGCUUCCCAGGAAGACUCUCAGCCUCGUGUUUGGGACUUGUUUUCUGGAUCAGAGAUAGGGCGGCUGCGUGGCCAUGGAGGGACUGUUAAAGCGAUACAGGUGGAGUCUCAUGUGUGUUUGACGGGAAGCGAGGACAGUACUGUUAGGUUAUGGGAUCUCAGAAAGGUUGAUGUAGAGGAUAACUAUGGUUGGGGAGAAGAGGGCGAAAUCGUCAGUUUGAGUGACGUUGCAGAAGAGGAGGAGGGAGGGAGGGACGAGGAAUCCUUUAAACCGAACGGAAUAAGGAACGUCGGGGAGAAGGAAAGAGAGGAUCCCGCGUGCAUGAGGGUAUUGGAGGGCCAUACUAAAGCGGUUACCGCAAUGUUUUUUGAGGAUAAGUGUCUGGUGACAGGUGCUUCUGACAAAACUCUUCGUCAAUGGGAUUUGGCUACUGGUCAAUGUGUUAUGACUAUGGAUAUCUUAUGGGCGAUAUCACAUCAAACGACGAGCACCCCGAACUCUUCGCUGUCAGGCAGUUUCUUUGCUGGUGCAGUCAAUUCCCUUGGUGCAUUUGCUGUACCGACUCCACCGUACGCUGAUGAUAGCUGGGACAUGUACGAAGAUUAUGUUGGAGCCGUGCAAUUCUGGGGAUACGGUCUGGUCAGCGGUAGUGGGGAUGGUGCAGUUCGCAUGUGGGAUAUGCGUACCGGGCAGGCUCACAGGACCUUGAUGGGACAUACUGCUCCCGUUACCUGCCUUCAGUUUGACGAGAUACACGUUGCAAGCGGUAGUCUCGAUAAGACGAUCAGGAUAUGGGACCUGCGGACAGGAGGAAUUGUCAAAACUCUCGAAUACGAUCAUCCAGUUACUGCCCUACAAUUUGACACACGAAAAAUUGUCGCGGCUACGGGCGAAAACGGUAUCAAGAUAUACAACCGCACAAGUAUGCAACAUUCCACUUUGCUCACGAACGGACACACGAAGCCGGCCGAACGUCUGAGAUAUAUGGACCGCUAUCUUGUAUCUGGUGCGCGAGACGCGACAAUGAAAAUUUGGUCUCUAUAAGGCUAUGGGGGAAUACUACUGAUAAUUAUUAUCACUAAGCUUAUAACGCAUUCGUGAACUCCGAUCCUGGACUUCUCUUAUUCUCCAAGUACUUUCCAUACAUCUAUAGACCCGCAAGAUAAUGAAUGCUCAGCAACCAUGUACAGUAGCAGACCUUGAACAUUCUACCAAGC